CGGGACGAAUAUAAUUGUAUCAAUAACUAUAUAUAUUUAAAUGUUCAUUUGAUGAAAAAAAAAAAAUUCUGUUUACGAGUUUGAAUGAUAAUAUGAUAAUGAUAGGUUUUUACAUAUGGCAAAAACACUUCAGUGCGGUGAUGCGAGGAGAGGCGGGCUCUAGGACCUGAGUGAAACCAGCCACAGAUCCGCUCUCAGAUGAGUGCAGCCGAGAGAGAGAGAGAGAGAGCGAGAGCGAGCCACUGCGCACGGCUUCAUCAUCAUCAUCAUCCUCAUCAUCCCCGACAGCGCGUGACACACGGAGCUCGGAGCCGCUCAUCAUGCGCAGGAUUCGGGCCAACGCCAUCCUCAUCCUCACCGUGGCCUGGAUCCUCGGCACCUUCUAUUACCUGUGGCAGGACAGCAAGCCUUCCUCCUCCUCCUCCUCCUCCUCGGGAUCCCAGCUGAAGAGCCACGGGAGACCGGAGGAGCGCACUCUUCCUCUGAUCGUAACUCACGCACCCAAGCUGGAGCAGCAGGGUCAGCUCUUGGGCCAGUUUGAUGAAAAGGCUUUUCUAUCCAGUAAGCAGCUAAAGGCAGGUGAGGAUCCGUACAGAGAGCAUGCCUUCAACCUGCAGGAGAGCGACCGGCUCGGCAGCGAGCGCACCAUCAGAGACACGCGCCACUAUCGAUGCGCCUCCGUGACCUUUGACCCUGACCUGCCGACCACCAGCAUCAUCAUCACUUUUCACAACGAGGCUCGCUCCACUCUGCUGCGCACCAUUAAAAGUGUGCUGACGAGAAGUCCUCCUCACUUGAUACAGGAAAUUAUUCUUGUGGACGACUUCAGCUCUGACCCUGAAGACUGUCGACUGCUCUCUCAGAUCCCGAAGGUGCGCUGCUUGAGAAACGAGCGCCGGGAAGGUCUGAUCCGGUCUCGUGUUAGAGGAGCGUCUGCGGCCUCAGCCUCCAUCCUCACCUUCCUGGACAGUCACUGCGAGGUCAACACCGACUGGCUGCAGCCCAUGAUCCAGAGAGUCAAAGAGGAUCACACGCGCGUGGUCAGUCCCAUCAUCGAUGUGAUCAGUCUGGAUAAUUUCGCCUACCUGGCCGCCUCUGCAGACCUGAGAGGAGGUUUCGACUGGAGUCUGCACUUCAAAUGGGAGCAGAUUCCUAUAGAACAGAAAAUGGCAAGAAACGACCCAACGCAGCCGAUCAGGACUCCUGUGAUCGCAGGAGGAAUCUUUGUCAUGGAUAAAGGCUGGUUUAAUCACCUGGGACAGUACGACACUCGCAUGGACAUCUGGGGGGGUGAGAACUUUGAGCUGUCGUUCAGAGUGUGGAUGUGCGGGCGGCAGCCUGGAGAUCCUUCCUGCAGCCCGCGUGGCCACGUCUUCCGGAAACGCCAUCCGUGCGACUUCCAGGGCAACGCGCUCACCUACAUCAAGAACACGCGGAGAGCUGCUGAGGUCUGGAUGGAUGAGUAUAAACAGUAUUACUACGCGGCGAGGCCGUCAGCGCAGGGCAAGGCCUUCGGGAGCAUCGCGGAUCGGCUGGCAUUGAGGCGGAAGCUGAACUGUAACUCUUUCCGCUGGUAUCUAGAGAACGUGUAUCCUGAGCUCAAGAUCCCGGAGCAGGAAGCGGCGUACAGUCUCCUGAAGCAGGGCGGCCUGUGUCUGGAGAGCCACGGCACGGACAGUCUGGGUCUGGCGGAGUGUAAGACCUCGUCGAGCAUCCCUGCUUCACAGAAGUGGACUCUGAUCGAACCGCAGAUCCGUCAGCAUGACCUGUGCCUGGCCAUCACAGCCUUCACCGCAGGGUCAAAGGUCAGACUGGAGCCCUGCAACAUCAAAGAGUCCAGACAGAAGUGGAAGCCCGAGGUCCGGCUGCAGCACAUGAUCAGCGGCCUGUGUCUGGACAGCCAGCCUCCUUCAGGCCCGCCCCCUCGUCGCUCAGUGCCGCCCCAGGUGGCCAGCCAAUCCUGGGAGCCGCAGCUGGUCACCUGACUCUGAGAGCUGGCGCGGAAGGCGGGGAAAGGGGAGGAGUCUGAGUCAGGUUGCUGAGCUCGAAGGUGCUGUAGGAGCCAGAGGAAAACAUUUGCACACUGUUUUAGUUGAAGGUGCUGCUCUCAAACCGAUCGAACACGACCCCGUCCACAACAUCCGACCUCAUACCCUUCGCUCGGAACAGCUGGAGAGGGAGAAGCCUGCCAAAUCCAAGCCUGAACGCGUUUCGGAGCCGGUUUCGUCGGCCGACGGGAGUGCUUUGCUGAGUGUUGCGUUAAGGACUCCAAAAACCCAAAACAUAUGUAUAUAAAUGCCUUUUACUACCCUUCCGACUCAUGUCCUGUAUGUUCCCUCAUUCCCCCUGAGAGAUGAAGAAGGUCUGAGUGGUUUUGAUUGGGACGAAGCGCUAUGCCUUGAAGAGAAGUGUCUGAAGAUUUGCCGUAGCGCACCGGCUUACUUGAAGAUGACGAUAAGAAGGACAGAGAGAUCCACCGAACCCACACACGGCUGUCAUCACAGUAAAAUAACGUUUUAGCAAAAAAGCAUUAAUGAGGUGUAAA